CGACCCGCCGCAAAUGCUGAAAGCUUUUCCGGCGCCGACCGAUGACGUACAGACGGUAGUUGGCUGAGCCGAGUACUUAGCGGUAACGGAAGUGACGCCUAAGGCUUGUUCCACAGUCGCGUGCUAGGUUCCAGACCUAGUAGGAGGCAUGGCUGAGCCGGCUGGUGAUUUUGUGAAUCCUGUGGGGUGGCUUCCAGCCCCGGAGAUGACUCCCACGUUGGGUCCCGUGAGCAACAUGGCCCAGCUGCCGGAUAACUGGAUGUUCUGGGCCAUGCUCCCGCCACCGCCACCGCCGUCGUCGCCGCUCGCAGCCGGGUCAGAGCCUUCCUCGGAGGCGCGGCCCCCCGUGGAGGCCCAGUCUCUCCCGGGGGCGCCGCCCCCCUUCGACGCCCAGAUUCUUCCCGGGGCGCAGCCCCCUUUCGACGCCCAGUCCCCACUUGAUUCUUGGCCUCAACUCAGCGGACAGCCUUCCUGGAAUUUCCAGGCAUCGACAUCAUGGUACUGGAGACAGUCUUCUGAUAGUUUUCCUCGACAUCAGAAGUCCCACAACUCUCCGGUUAAACAUUCUUAUUUUCCCCGAAAAUAUGAUGCAAAGUUCACUGACUUCAACUUCCCUCCCAGUAGAAAACAGAAAAAAAAGAAAAGAAAGGAACCAGUUUAUCACUUUUUUUGUGAUACCUGUGAUCGUGGUUUUAAAAAUCAAGAAAAGUAUGACAAGCACAUGUCUGAACAUACAAAAUGUCCUGAAGUAGAUUGCUCUUUUAGUGCACAUGAGAAGAUUGUUCAGUUCCAUUGGAGAAAUAUGCAUGCUCCUGGUAUGAAGAAGAUCAAGUUAGACACGCCAGAGGAGAUUGCAAGAUGGAGGGAAGACAGAAGAAAAAACUACCCAACUCUGGCUAAUAUUGAAAGGAAGAAAAAAUUAAAACUUGAAAAGGAAAAGAGAGGAGCAGUAUUGACAACAACACAAUAUGGCAAGAUGAAAGGGAUGUCCAGACACUCACAGAUGGCAAAGAUCAGAAGUCCUGGCAAACAUCAGAAAUGGAAAAAUGAUGGUGUAAGACAGAGAGCAGUCACUGGAUCAAGCAAUCACUUGUGUGAUGGGAAGCCUGAAGGUCCACCUGAGGCAAAUGCAGAUCCUCUUAGCGUUUUGAUAAACAGUGAUUCUGAGUCUGAUAAAGAGGAGAAAACACAACGUACUGUCAUACCCAAGGAAGUGACACCAGCCCUGUGCUCACUAAUGAGCAACUAUGGCAGUCUUUCAGGAUCAGAAAGUGAGCCAGAAGAAACUCCCAUCAAGACUGAAGCAGACUUUCUGGCAGAAAACCACGUUCUUUAUAGCAGUACUCAUAAGAGUCCAAGUCAAGAUGUUAAAGCAACUGUUAGAAAUUUCUCAGAAGCCAAGUAUGAGAACCAAAGGAAAAGUCUUAAAAAAACAAACCCUAAGAGGAAAAACAAUUGUCAUAACUAUCAAACAUUAUUUGAACCAAGAACACACCAUCCAAAUCUCCUGGAAAUGCUUCUAGCUCCGGACAUUCGACAUGAAAGAAAUGUGAUUUUGCAAUGUGUUCGGUACAUCAUCAAAAAAGACUUUUUUGGACUUGGCACUAAUCCUACAAAAACUAAGGAUGUUUAGGUGCCUGAUGUUUCAGCACAAAUAACUGAAGCAUGUAAAAUAGUACCAUCUUCAAGUUAGUGGAGGAAAACCAAGAACCAUUUUUUUCCCCCCCAAAACUGGGUUAGUCAUGGUUAGAUUGUAAACCUCAUAAGGAUAUUAUGUUGGAUUGUCAAGUCUUUCCUUUGAUGUUGUGCAAAUAAAUACAUUACUGAUUUUUUAAGACCGUGGCUGUAUUGUUGGGAUUAUACAUAAUGCUGUGAGAAUUUUUUUUGUAUUUAUUUUUAUGUAUUGCUGUCAUGUAAGGAAGAUUGCUGUUGGGCUGGUUAAGAAUUGAAGAUUCUGGUUUAGUUGUAAAGAUGAAAACUUUUCAAAUGUUUAGUUCAGCUAAGCAAAAUUAGGCAGAGAAAUAUAGCCAAAAAUUUUUUUUUUUUUUGCGGCUGGCAAGUGCAGGAGUCCUAACCCUUGACCUUGGUGUUAUAACACUGCAAUCUAACCAUCUGAGCCAACUGUCCAGGCCUCAGCCAUUUUGUUUUUAAUGCAGGAGAGGAAGAGUUGUUCUUUACCUGUAGCACUGGGGAAUGUUUUUAAGAUAAGCCACAUCAAAUUAAUACAACCACAAGGUCUUGAAAUUUAAAUUUUCUGUUUAUUUCAAAGACAUAAAUACGUGUUCAUGUCUCUGUUUAUUUCAAAAGACAGUCACCUACUAGCACCACUUACAUAGCUCAAAUAUUGAAUGUUUGAAAUAUUAAUAUAGAUAUGGCCUCUGUAUGUUUCAAUUGAAUUUGAUAUGGCCUUUGUCCAUGUUUAGAUUUGACUAAAGUGCUUCUUUUUGGUAUGGCUCAGAAUCAGACCUUUAUUCCCUCAGGAAAAAGUAUGUAAAAUAUAGAACUUGAUGAAGUUCAACUUAUUUCUUAUAGCAGAAACAGAGGUUCGUGAGAUAAUGUGAAAUUUGAUCUUAUGUUUUAGUCAUUGUGCUAGCUAUAACUCUACCCUUUUGACAUAUAGUUAAAAGGAGCUAGGUUUUCCAAAAUUUGUCUGUUGUUACAGUGUAAAAAUUACUUUUAUCUGACAUUGUGAUAUUGAAGUCCAUGAAUCUUGCCUGCAAGAACAAAGGUAACAAAGCUGAUAGCUAAAAAAAAAAAAAAAAGAAAGCUGAUAGCUAUUCUCAAGAAAGAUCUCCCUCUCAUCUACAUUAGUAAGAUCUUCUCCAGCGUCCUGGCACACCUGGCAUAUACCAGUAGAGCCAUCACAGACCUGAGAUUAAGAUUCAUGUUUAGUCAGUGUUUCCAACCUUGUAACCACCCUAUAGACCUUUAUAUUCUGUUUCAUCCUACUCCUCCAGUGGGUCCCAUAUUUUGGAAAAUUAUCUGCCCAGUACAUUAAUUAAUUCAGUUCAUAUAAGAUGUGAUUCCUAACCCAAUUCAUCUCAUCAGAAUGAAAUAACAGAUGUUACAAACUGAGUUGAUAUUCUAAAAUAUGACAUAGUCUGCAGUUCUAUCACUGGUUAGGAUGCAAAUUCCAUAGGCUUGAAGUUCAUAGAUGAAUUCACAGAUUCCUGAAGUACUUUCACAGAUCACUAUGGUUUCUCCAGGGAUAUUGACAAUCACUGCUUUCAGGUGUAUUGUGUACAGUUUUAUCUUCAAUUUUUCUUGUUUUCUAAUAAAUGUAUUUAAGACUGAAAA